AUGUCUGGACUCGCAACAUCAAACCUUUGGCAUUUGCUGCACAUCCUGACCCCUGCGCUUGCAGACGGCAAUGCGUGCUUGGCUGCCAAGGAUUGCGAUCUUUUGGUGGAUGGUUUGCACCUGGACAGCGCAUGGACUGAGGGAAUGUCGCCACUAGAUGCUAUCAGGCAAAGCUUCGCUUGGCCUUUCCUGAAGCUCCUCAGCCUUAGGACACCUCUUCUCCUCGGAGCGGCCAAUGUUGGUCAGCCCUCCAAACGCUGCUUCUGGAACGUGUAUUGGGGCUAUAGAGGAGUGACGCUUUUUGGCAGAGACAAGGGCGGCUUGAGUACUGCAACAGCCCGUUCCGCACUCACCCGCGUGACGGCAAGGUCACAAACGCAUCCGCUCUUCCUCCGCAUGACAAGGAGCCCUUUGCAAAAUGCAGAGGUGGACCUUCAAAGAUGGCGGAUUCUGUUGAUCGAGCGGCGGAUUCCAGCUCGACGCGCGCUUGCCAAUUGCAAUCAAAUUAUUCAGUUGUUGUGCUCAAGGCUUCUUCGCAGACGAGCAAUCGCGGUAUGGAAAGACUUCGCAGACCAGGAGAUGAAGUCAGACGUGCAGCAACAGUGGCAACUGGCGUCCUCGGCAGACAUCCUUAUAGGAGCUCACGGUGCCGGACUUGCCUGGGCAGCUUUCAUGCCAGCUGGCAGCGUAAUGAUUGAGCUCAUGCCGCACAUGCAAGUUCUUCACCAGCAGCUUUGCCGCGUCAAGCCAGGUGAGACAAUCGCAUGGGAUGCAACUCCCAUGUAUGCGUAUGGUGGCUUGUCAGCCUUGAUGGGGCUUCAUCACAUUUGCAUUAUAGGACUUCCCACCGCAGCGUUGCCGUCCAGGCCUUCACUCGGCUUGGAGCUUGGCACAUGGUGGUCAUCGGAUGUUGUCGCCAACAUUUCAGCAUUGAACCAUACCCUCCUGGUGGCCUUGGACCAUUUAGAUGCGUUGGGCCAGACAUACAAUCUUG